AUGGGCAAACGUUCUAAUGUUGUUUACAAAAUACCCUGUAACGAUUGCAAUCAAGUUUAUAUCGGACAAACUGGCCACCAUCUAGACACUAGAAUCAAAGAACAUAAACACAAUGUACAAGACAAUGAGGAUCGACAUACUGCUCUAACCAAACAUGUGAUCAAAAAACAACAUAUGAUGAAGACGAUUUAUCUUGACCUUGAAGAUUUUUUGAUUAAUGUUAUUCUUGGAUAUGAAGUGUCAAAAAAAUUCUCCGACACACAAUACCUGAAAUUAGAACCGGCCUUCAACGCUUACAAGGCAGCUAACAUCAACAAGUUAGCUAAUCUGGUUAAUAACAAAAAACAUCCCACUUCUAAUCCAAUUGACUCGACCUUUGAAAAUUGGAUCGUGGACCUUAGCAAUACGGAUAUUCCUGUCAAUGAUACCGACGUGCUAAAAAUGAGACCCAAAUAUGGCAUUCCUUUUAAGCCUAACUGCAUCCCAACCAACAAACUUAUCUCUGAUUUCGAAUCAAAGAUUUCCUUCAUUUCUUCUGAUUCUCGUAAUACGGCCCGCCAAGAUUUUACCAACACUAUAAAAAAGUUCAUCAACACCCAUUCUCCCCUUCACGCUGACAAGAACAUCCUUCACAAAAUUAAAGAAACUAAGAUCUUUCAAAAUAACAACCAGGCCUUACUUUUCUUGAAAGCUGACAAGGGAAACACGACUGUUGUGAUGAACAAACAAAUGUACGAGGAUAAAAUGUUGCAACAACUCUCCAACAACAACUCUUACAAAGUUAUUAGAUACGAUCUCACCUGUACCUUGCAACAAGAAGUCAAAAAACUAACAACGGAUUGGUCUAAAAGCAUACUCAUCUCUGAUCAACUUAGACGUCAAAUUGCAAAAACUAAUUGCCUACCACCUAGAGCCUACGGGCUACCGAAAAUUCAAAAACCGGAUACACCGGUAAGAAUUAUAGUUUCUUUCACUGAUAGUCCGACUAUCAAUCUGGCUCGUUUCCUCAGUCAAUGUAUAGGUAACAACAUCGUACCUCCCUUGUCACGUAUAAGAGAUAGUUUUGCUCUGGUUAAUGCUAUUAGGGACUUUCGUCUCCCACCUGAUCAUAUUUUAGUUUCGCCGGAUGUUGUGUCAUUGUUCACAAAUGUUCCACAAGAUCUUGCAAUCAACGCUGUUAAACAGCGCUGGCAUCAGUUGGUGGACAAAAUUCCGGUCCCACUUGAUGAACUCUUAAAAGCAUUGCACAUAUGUUUUAAGGCUGCCAUAUUCAAAUUCAAUCAUAACAUAUAUGCUCGAACUUAUGGUUUACCGAUGGGCUCACCGCUCUCUCCAAUUUUGUCGGAUUUGGUUUUGGAUGAUCUUGAACAAUAUUGUCUCAACAAACUGGACUUCAAGCCUUCAUUCUUUUUCAGAUAUGUAGACGACAUAAUCACAGCUGUCCCUUCAGAUAAAGUUGCAGAAAUGCUUUCCGUCUUCAACAGUUUCCAUCCGAGACUACAAUUUACCUCUGAAUUAGAGUCUAAUCACCGAAUUAGCUUUUUAGAUGUCCUGAUCAUCAAUGAUAACCAGUUCAUUAAAACUGAUUGGUUUCAUAAGGCUACUUGGUCACAAAGGUACUAA